CGAUUAUUAAUAAUCAAAUUUUCGCAGAGAUAAACGUUUAUCUGAUUAUUUUAGUUGAUUGUUAAUUGUUUAUGUCAUAUAAUGACGAUUGUUCAUCAUCUAAACCACGGUCUUUUAAGACCGUAAUCAAAACUAUCAGAAAAGAGGUUUUUAAUGUUUUUAUUAAAAAUGUUUUAUCAGGGGUACGAAAAAUACUGAACCGUUGAAAAAGUCUGAUAGGAGCAAAUAUUUAAGCAAAUAGUUUUGAGUGUUAUGAUAAAAAGUAUUGCCUAAACUAUUAUUAGUUAACCAGUUUACUCUCGAUAACUCCGCGAGAACGCCCUUUAUAAACUCCAUAAAUAUUGAACAUUUCACAGUUUAAUUGCUAGAUAUUAAACUUGGUUCAAAAUGGUUUUACAAAUAUUAAGUACUUGUCAGAAAGUAGUAAGUCAAGCUAAAGAUGUGCAAAUCAUUUCAUCAAAUAUACCAGAAUUGGCUCUAAAGAUUCAUACAUUAAUAGAAGAAGAUAAGUUAACUCUUGAUGAGUUCAAAAAAUGUCCAUUACAUCCAAAAAAUGAAGAUGAAGAAGCAAUUAAUUGGAUAUUUAUUGUUGAUUCUUUGAACUAUUGUUUUUUUGAUCCCAACAAUAAAUCUCAUUGGAGUAUAACUUGGAAAAAUAAAAAACACACAGGAUAUUUUGGUUUGUGUGCUGCUAUCAAUAGAGCUAUAGAAAAAGGAAUAAAUAUGACUGAUAUGAAUACAUGUUUGGAAUUAACUAGACAACAAUUGGAUGAAAUACUAUUAGGAGAUGAUGGAGCAACUCUUCCACUAUUACAAGAAAGGUAUUUGUGUUUACAACAAUCUGCAGAUGUGUUGCUAAAAAAAUAUAAAGGAAACUUUGUUAAUUGUAUAUUAGAAUCAAAUCAUUCAGCUCAGAAAUUAUUAGAAAUUAUUUCUGAAAAUUUUUUUCAUUUUCGAGAUGAAUCUAUUUAUAACAACCAAACAGUUGCUAUUUAUAAAAGAGCUCAGAUUUUGAUUGCUGACAUUUGGUCAUCAUUUAGAGGUUCCGGCUUUGGUGAAUUUCAUGAUAUAGAUACUUUAACCAUGUUUGCAGAUUAUAGAGUCCCCCAAGUUUUAUUAUACUUUGGUAUUUUGAAAUAUUCAGAUGAUUUAAAAGAUACUCUCAAACAAGGUAUUCUUCUUGAGCACGGAACACCAGAAGAAGUGGAAAUCAGAGCAGCUUCUAUUGUAGCAGUUAAUGAUAUUGUAAAUGAGGUGAAAAAAUUAAUGGCAAAAAAUAAUGUACAUAAGAUUUGCAAUUCUAUUAUGGUUGAUACUUAUUUAUGGGGUUAUCGAAGAGAAAAUGCUGCAAUGUUGGAAGACACACCAUAUCACAAGACAUUAAAUAUUUAUUAUUAAAACUAUGCUUUGUGUAAAUGAUUUUUAUUUUAUGAUAAUUUUUUGCUGAUACAUUUUUAUUUUUUAAAGAACAAAAUAAUUAAAUAGGAUAUUCUAUCUAUCUUACGUGAA